AUGGAUACCGAUUGGUGUAUUGUUUGUGAUAAUAGAAUUCAUCCAUCUAUGCCUAAGGCCAGCAAGGUUUCCAAGACGUCCGGAGAGAUCACGGAAGUCGGUGGAAGCUCUGCAGUACAAUCCUCUUCGUCGGCAUUUUGCUCAACCAGUUGCUUGGUGAAAGCUUACCAGGAAGCGGAAUUACGCAGCCCUUCGAAUCUUUCGCCACAAACGUUUAACAUCCAAUAUCCGAUCUCACUUCACUCUGCGCGUCAUGGUUCAUCUCCAAUACCUCCAAAUCAUCAAUCCUGCAUUAAGAAUCAACCAAAAUCUGCAAGCAGCGACUUCGACUCCCAACGUCUCAAAACCAAGCCCCACGAGAGGACGAUGAUGAGCCAAUUUACUUUUGGGAGCUAUGGAACAUCUUCUUUAUCUUCUUCGGAAUCUCUCCUCUAG